CUGCGCAUGCGCACUGCACCAAAACAAGGAAGCGUCAUAAAUUCCCAAAGAAAACAGAACUGCGCCUGUGUUCCUGCUUUAUCCCAUCACCAUUUCCAUUAGAUCUCACUCCCGGUGCCUUCUACUCUCCUCUGAGCCUCUGCACGGUUUCUUAACCUGGAUGCUCCGUGUGUGCAGAGGCCUGUGUGAGCGGAUGUGACAGCUGCUUUAUAACCAGCAGCCUUCUGAAAGAGAGGAGAGAGGGAGUCAGCAGUCGUUUUUGCCCUGGUCUGGUGGCAGUAAACAUUGGCCCAUACUCCCCUGAGCCACCUGAGACAUGACAGCAGGGGGAGCCACUGAGGUCUGUGGCAGGUUGUAGUAGUGAGUAUACUGGACGAUGCUAAAGGCCAACCGUAGCACCAUGCUAAACGCUGGGUCAUCCAACAACAAGGUCAAGUACUCCCGGCUGUCGGCCGAUGAUGAUGGUUACAUAGACCUACAGUUUAAGCGGAGCCCGCCCAAAGUCCCUUAUAAGGCCAUCGCUCUGGCCAUCUUCCUCUUCCUGAUUGGCUCUCUGCUCAUCCUCUUCGGGGCCCUUCUCCUCUCUGGCACCAUACAAGUUGAGCAUCCAGACAGAACCAUCCCCGUCAUCAUCAUCGGCGUCCUGGUCUUCCUCCCCGGGUUUUACCAUCUGAGAAUCGCCUACUAUGCUUCCAAAGGUUACCGUGGUUACUCCUUCGACGACAUCCCGGAUUUUGGAGAUUAGCCGUCACACUGCGGGCUCCAUUAGACUGCAGACGAGGAACGUAGCGUCUAGCUGAUCUGAAGUUCUGAAAUAUCACAUUUACUGUUUUUAUAAAUAUUGAAGGUUGGGUCAGCCUUUAAAUUUGUCACCCAGAAAAUUUUAGUCAAAUAUUUUCUUUCACACAAAAUUCAUCUCGUUUUUUCGUAAAGCUUGCUGCUAUUGUUUUUAGCAUUAUCUUAACUACAACCAUUUGUUUUGUAUAUGCAGAAAUAUGAACUAAUACUCGUUAUUUGUAAUUGUUAUUUUCCAUACAUAUAGAUUAUAUUAAGAAGUAAAAUGAGAAAAAACAAAAACUAAGGUGUCCAAAGUUAAAGGUGUACUAUGUAACUUUUCUCAUGGGGGUUAACGUGCGUAAAGGGCAGCAAGAUUCAUCGAAAUUAAGAUGUAAUUUCAAUGGAAUUUUGAAGUAGUAACAUUUUUAUGUAGCGUUUAACGCACUUCACGUCGAGGAACCACUCACCCAUUCACACACCAGUGUACGCAGACACUGGGAGUGUCUUGCCCAAGGGCAUAACGACAGCAUUCAUUAUCUGUGGGAGCUGGAAUCGCACCACCAACCUGUGGGUUAGUGAAUCUGACCGCUCGACCAAUGAUGUUUAUGUCGAGACCAUAAUUUCCUCCACAAACAGCAAAGUAUUCAGUCUAAUUCCGCUUAAAAACGGGGUACUUUUUUUUUUUUUUUUUUUUCAGAGGACAUAGUCAAGGUGAGGGGGCAAUUGUUGUCAAGGGGGCCGUCUUAACUAUAAAGCGCUGCAGGAAACACUGCAUUAAGCUUAUCUAUAUCUGUUUUGCUUUAAUUGCAGGGAGAGAAUGAUAUACCGGGUCAAUAUUUGCACUUUUUAACGGAUCAGCUUUCAACUUUAAAUCUCCAGAACAGGCCAAUAUUUAUUUAGUUUUUCUCGACCUGCUGCCUAAAAAGUACACAUAAAGCUUUAUUUUAACUACAUGACUUCACAGUUCUCUUUUAGGUUUGUGGUUUAAAAAAAAAAAGGUGUUUUGUUGACAGAAUUUGUGUAAAGAAACUAAACCAAAAUCGGCCACAUGUAUCAGUCCAAAAAAUCUUGACAGAGUUUGUGUUUGUUUGAAUUCUAAACUAUCAGUAUCAGCCAUGAAAAAGUGGCUUCCCCUUCAGCAGAAAAGUUACAGAGUGCACUUUUUUGAUCUCUAAUGCAUUGAUCUUUCUUUCUACGCGUAGCUUGAACUUAUAGUCUAUCUUCUGCACUAGUUUGUAAGAAAUUUUUAACACCUCCAUUGUGUCUUUUCACCGUGUUAAGCUCGCCUACCUCCUGCUCUGCUUGCUGUCCUGAGAAUUUAAAUAUGUCCACAGCAGAGCCUAGUUACAAACACACAUCUAUAAGCAAUAAUGAUAUAUUUAGCUACUUUUUUGACUUGUGACUAUAGGAUUACUGCACUACACUGCUGUCUGAAAUGGCCUUUUACAUAUAUAUAUAUUUGUAGCAAUAACUUGAAUAUUAGAAGUUAUGUUAAGUCUCCUAUGAAAGGCCUUGUACCUGAUGUGUUACAAAACCAAUGUAUUUGAGAAAAAUUUGUCUCCAUACUACGUUGUUUUUUUAAAAUCUAUGUUAUAAUGUUGUUUCCUCAUCAAAAUCUAAAUGUUCUCCUGUAACUGCUAGCCGCAUGAGCUUCGUUCGACUGAAGCUUAGCGCUAUGGGUGAUGUCAAACUCCUUUAGUCCACUUCUUUAUACAGUCUAUACCGUAAUUUCGGGACUAUUGAGCACACCUGAAUAUUCGCCGCAUCAACUAAAUUUGAACAAAAUUUUAAAAUUGUACAUAUAUAUAGGCCGCACCUGAAUAUAAGUUGCAGGUGUCCACGUCUUCAAGAACGUUUUCAAGUUUGGGCCGUCUGCUUUUAUCGCCUCUGAAAGCGUUUGUCGUCUUUUUGCUUUGAGUUAGUUCUCCAAAAUCUCACCAUCGACUCACUGAUGUGGAGCUCACGUGCAGCAGCUCUGUUUCCUUAUUCCACAGCCACAUCAAUUGUCUUUAACUUAAAAGCUGAAUCAUCUGCAUUUCUUCAUGUGUUUUCCACGAGGAGGGUGUGUAUAUGAAGCACAAAAUAACUGUUCAAAGCACAAUCAAACGAGCAUCUUCCUCGGCGCAUCAGCCCCGUCUCUCCACAUGCAUGUCUCCUGCAGAAAGAGUCUCUGUUCUGUCUGUAUCAUGUCAGUGUCUUGGAGGAUUUCAGCAGAUUUCAGAUUAGGUUAGUUCUAUCAAUCAGGUAUGAGUGGAUGUUCGGCUACUGAAGUUUGAGACGUUUCUUCUCUUCAUUUACGCACACGGGUAAGACGUAUCCCCCUCACUAAUGUUCAUUUAGCAUCAUAACUUAUUUUAUCACAUGGCGAUAAACUCUGUGAGUGCGCUGACAAUAUCGCUAACAAAUGCUGCAACUUCAUGUUAAUCCUAGAUCCAUGUGUAACUGCACAGACAGUGGCGUUUUCUGCACUCAGGCUGCGAGUAUGCACUGUGUUGCCAAACCAUAGACUGUAUAUAUGAAUGGACAACGUGCCACACAAAGAAAAUGAUCAUAUAUUUGCCGCUUCGUUGUAUAGGCCACAUGGUUCAAACUGUGAGAAAAAAGUAGCGUCUUAUAGUCCAGAAAUUACGGUAAUAUACGUCCAGUCUCUACUAAAGAAAAGGUAAAAGGAGCUGUUAACGUGAAAACUACCGCUUCAUGACAUCACAAGGUGGAACAGAGCACUUUGAGCUUUGGAGAUGUGGACAGACUAAUAAUAAAGUGUUACUCAAACUUGUGUGAAUGAAACAAAACACAACUCCAGGUCUGGAAACAGCAUUAUAACGUAAAUAUCUUACAUUUCAAGAGUUAAUUCUGCGUAAUAUAGGACCUUUAAAGCAUUUUAUUGUCUGAUAAGCAGGAAGUGUGAGUUUGCAUGCUAGUUUUGUUAACUUAACCGUCACAACAAAACUCAGCACUGGUUAAAAGUUGUGAAAAGUGCUCAUAAACUCAUCUCGGUGAAUAAUUAAGUGAGGAAUAACUUUGGACCUCGGCAAACAAUUUCACAUUUUUAACACGGUAAAAAUCAGGUGCAGCGCCUUUAAAUUAUUGUUUCGUCGUCUCUAAAAGGUCAAAUUCAUUUUAAAGUUGCACAUUGGUUAAUCCUGCUGUUUUAUUACCAAUCAGUGGAGGAUGAACUGCCUGUUAAGAGUGUGUCGCCAAAACUACCGCAUUAUUCUUGCUUUUCUGAAAAUAUACAGCGCUUCCUUCACCUCCGCCGUUAAGUCAUUUUCACCUAAUAUAUUUCAUUCUGUUAAUUAUUUCUCGUGGUUCAGUUUUUAAUUACGUAUUAAUAAGUGUUGAUCAGUGUUUACCUUGUUGUACAGUUUUCUCAUUCGCGACAUCUCAGUUGUAAAUGAAAUUGGGCAGGCCAUUAAAUGCUCAAUCAAUCUGUCUUUUAGAGUGAAAAUGCCGCUUUGAACUGGUUUAUGGUUAAAGGGCUCACAUUACGCUUUACAUAAUAUAUUGACAUCGAUGCUGUAUGAUGUAAUUUUGUUUCCUUGUUACAGACACAUUUGGAGUUGUGUUUUGUUCAUUCAUGCAUGUUUAACACACAAAUCCUGCAGAUUUACGCUGAGUUUUUCUCUCAAACUGAAAACGUUCUUCACACUUUGACCUUGUGAUGUCAUAUGGCAAUACAGGAAGUGCCCCACUCUGUUUUUAAACUCCAUCCACCUUCACUAGAACCAUUUGGAUGAUUUAAACCCUGGAAUUGUUGAUCUCUACUGAACUUAGGCUACGUUCAGACUGCAGGGCUUAAUGAUGUUUUUGCGAGGUCGUUCGCUUUUCCAAUUAAAUGCGACUUGUGUGUGAUCUCCAAUGUAAACGGCCCAAAAGUGUCCCGCAUGCGCAAUGGAGAACACGAUAACGUCAACCGCAGCGAGCGUGCUCUGUGUUUACAGAAGUUGUCCAAACAUGGACGCAGCAUUGAGCACCUGGAGAUUUUAAAGUUCCUCUCGUACCGGAGCCAGAACAUGAACAACUUACUUGUUUUAAGGAGGAGAUUGAGAAGGAGAAGGACGAGGUUUUUGGUCGUGGUGUUUUGUGGGGCAGCGGCAGCGACGUCCGUUGAAAGGAACAUGUGGAUGUGGAGACGUAGCCAAGAGUGGUGAGUGGUGAUGUGCUUCACUUCAGUCACACGGAGUUCAUUAACAAGUUUCACCUACUUCAGUGCAGAAUAGUGACGUUUGUGGCUUGUUGAUAACGUGUAGGUGGAUGAAUGCACUUUGACCGUUCAGACUGAAGUCGCAUGUCAAAAGAUCAGAUAUGUAUCGGUUUCAGGAGCACAUAUCCAAGUGUCCUGGGUCACAUUUGAAAAAAUCGGAUCUGUGUUGUUCAGACUGUCAUUAAAAGACCAGAUACAGGAACAUAGGGGCCAAAAAAUCAGAUUUGGGUCACUUCAGGCUGCAGUCUGAACGCAGCCUAAAUGUAAAAGACUAAAUGUAAAAAAACUUGAACUACAUUUUGAGCAAUGGAGAUGUAGACAGACGAAUAAUAAGAGUUACUGAAACAUGUGUGAAUGAAACAAAACACAACUCCAGGUCUGUGUUUGUUAUUGUGGUAACACGGCCUAAAGCUCAUAAGAGUCACUUUUGUGCAAUACAGGACCUUUAAAAUCUCUGUUACUUCCACAGGAGAGACGUGUCAGUGAAAAUUACUUUAAACUAUAUGGGGACUUGUAAGUUAUGACUUGGACUCUCGAGUCAAACUUGAGUCACUAUAUUUAGGACUUAAGACAUGACUUGAUAAAAACAGAUAAAAGACUUGGGACUGAACUUGGACUUGCAGCUCACUGACUUAGGACUUGACUCGAUCUUGAGGCCUGUGACUUGAGAAGACUUGAUGCCUCUCCAGUUGAUACAUGCAGUGCUUAGUUUUACAGGAACAAACUGGAACAUGUCCCUCCCACUUCUGUUUGUUACUUUGGAUGAAACUGAAGUACUGUGAUAUGGUAUCCUCAAAUGUACUACAGUAAUACACAGUACAAUACAGUAAAACAGAAGGAACUACAUAGAACAUGAUCCUUCCAUUUCAGUGCAGAGUACAUGACAAAAUAGAAGCAUUUUAAAAUCUGAAUUCUUUCUAUUCUGGCCGUAAUGAUUCACUAAGAUCUUUUCAAGAUGUUUAAAAAGGAAAAAGUGGCAUUUCUAUACCUCUUCUAUAAAUACUCAAAUAUAAAUAUACCAUGACGUUUAAAGUACACUUUAGUUUAAAAUUUAUAUCAAUUGCAAAAAUCUAAGCUAUAUUUGGUUUAAAGACUUGAAAUGACUUGAAGCUCAAAGCAGACGACUUGGACUUGUCAUGGAUUAUGGGCCAGUGACUCGAGACUCGAAUUGGACUUGCCUGUAUUUGACUUGGGACUUGACUUGGACUUUUAGGUCAAAGACUUGAGACUUACUUGAGACUUGCAAAACAAUGACUUGGUCCCACCUCUACUAUAAAUCAAUCAAAAAUCUGCUAUAAACCAAUCAAAAAUCAAUGUUAGAUUGAUUGAAUCCACAAACUUAACUUUAACUUUCAUUAAUGUUAUGGUUUAUAGGAAAUGUUGGGUUAGAUUUUGAUUUCGAGUGUCAUGAACAGGACGAGUAAACAUGUUCAACUCAAAUGUAGCUUUAACGGAACAAUCGUAAUGCUGAUUUAUUCUUGUUUACAACAACACUGGACCUGAUUUCCAUCUAUUUGUUAUAAUUUGGUGUUUUUAUUUUCAAUGUUUUUUAUGUCCAAUCAGAAAGCAGAAAUAGCCCCACACGAGUCUCUCAUCUGGGUUUCCAGUUUCACUGCUGAAAUCGUGCUGGUUUAAACCUAAAAUGCCUCUGUGAUCUAAAUCCCACUAUCUAAGACCGAGGUCUUCAACAGGGGGUCGUACUGCAGGGGGGCACGAAAUCUUUGACUCUUAAACUUUUUUUUUUAAUGUAUUUCUUCAUUUUUGUAGGAUGAGGAUGAAUUGGUUUUCAGUGGGUUCUGGCUGUUUGCUCCUUCUCUCUCUCUUCAUUCCUUUGUCUCUCAGUCCCAGUCAAACUGCAAACAUCAGCGUGGAUUUUAUCGUUUGUUGUUGGCCACAUGUAAAGAGUUAGUUAAUUAAUCAUUGCGUUUAUAUAGCGCCUUUCAAGAUACCCAAAGAGCUUUACAGUUCAUUGUUCAUUCACGUGACACUCAGUGGUGGUAAACUACUACUGUAGCCACAGCUGCCCUGGGGCAGACAGAGUUCCAUUAGAGCUUCACUUUUAUGCACAGCAGAACUUAAGCUCCACAUGUACUAUCGCACAUCGUGAAGAGGUAACUUCAUUUCCCGGGUGUUUUAACCAGGCUCCACACUCCACAGCCGCCUCCUCUCUGUCCACAGCUCGAACUAGAGACAGAAUGAGCUCUUCAGAUUAGAAUGAGCGGAAAAGUUCAGUGUCCCAAAUUAAACUCUUGUCCGUGCGCUGUGGCUUCUCUCUCGUUUAAUCAGAUCAUUAAAAAAAAGUCACACUCGCCUAUUUUCCGUGAUGUUGUUGCUCCAUUGCUCUGGCCUUCCAAGAGUCACUGCGAGCACAAAACGCACCUUAAACUUCAGGUUUGAAUUAGCUUUGGCCAGACUCAGGCUUAUUUCUGUCAAGGAACAAGUUGAGCCUUAAGCUGUAGAUGGAGUUAGUUUCAGCUCAGGAUUUCAGGAUAAGUUGUUAAACAACUUUGAUCAGGGGUGUCAAGCUCAUUUUGGUCCAGGGGCCGUAUCCAACCUACUUUGAUCUCAAAGGGGCCGGAUCAGAAAACUCAUGUCAUAUAAACCCCAAAAAUAACAAUAAGUUCAAAUAUUUGUGCAGAGAAACACAAAUCUAUUACAGAAAUCUUUUUUAAUUGAUGAACUCUUUCUUUUACAAAAUAUUAUAUUAUGAACAACCUGAAACUUUAAGAAAAAUACAAUUUCAACACAAUGUUUUAACAUGAACUCAUAUGCAAAUAGGAAUAAGUAAAUUUUUCACUCUGCUCCACUUUUCUCAUGUUGGACAUUUUUCUGAUGAGUAUGUCACGGUCAACAGUCAAAACGAUCGUCCUUUAAGAGCGUUUGGAAAGAGACAAGUCUUCAUUUGUGCUGCUCUGGUGGGAGGGGCCACGUACAGAGACGCUGGAGACGCUGCUGUGAUAAACACCGCACAAAAUUAACAAUAUUUUAACAGAAAAUAUAAUUACAGUAUUUUAGUAGAAAGUCAGCCGAGGGCCAGAUUAAAGGUCUUGAAGGGCCGGAUCUGGCCCCCGGGCUGCAUGUUUGACACCUGUGACUUUGAUGGAAAAACCCCCAGUAUUGAAUGUAAAAUAACAGAGUAGCUGUUUAUACACGACACUAGGCACAAUUUAAUAUAAAACACAACUGUGUGCCAUAUAUAUAGUAGGAGGUCCCUGCUCCAGCUCUCCAUCAGUUUGGAGUCCCUGGCUUGAAAAACGUGAAGACCCCUGAUCUAAACCCCAGCACCUGCAGCCAAGCGUUGACAUUGUUGUAUCUAUAUGUUGUUUAAAGCACUGGCAACUCAGCUUCAGGAAUUCAGUCCUUUUCUGACCUCCAGCUCAUUUCUAAACUACAGGGAUUCGAGAAUUUUUGCUUUUAACUAUUCAAAAGAUUUACUGUUGUUUGGAGUUAAUAUUUCAAUAUGGUUAAUAAUCUGAAAACUAUGGACAUCUGUCACAGGAACGUUUGUGUUUCAACAUUGCCAUCAUAAACUACUUGUAAAUCACAAAAACACUCCCCUCUGUUCUCUAUUACUAUCAUCUGAUGCUAGGUGGCGCUGUCCGUCUUCAGAUGCCUGCACUCUUUCCCCGCACUCUACCACGCUGCUGUAAUACGUUCCAGCGAAUGUAGCAAACAAAAUAAGCCCGUCACAGUUCGGCUGUGGGGAAUGUUGUGUAGUACCUCUCUCUUAAUGAAUGGAAAUGUCAGUACGCCACCCCACCGCCGCAGAUACCUCUUCAAAUUACUCACUCCUCAAAUGCUAACAGCCCUCGCGUUCAGGUGAGAGCGUACACAAACCCUCUAUCUACAGCCAGAUACACAACGCCAAACACAACUCCACGCCACGACUAUUUUAUAUCAGCCUAUUCUUCUCCCAUGUUUUUCCUACAUCUGAUUUUGUAAGCAGCUCCAGCGGUUUUUAGAAAGUAUAUUUUUGAAUGAAAAAGAAGAGUGUAUUGUACAAAAAAUGUGAUGUAGCUGUAUAUUUUAAAAAGAAGUUUUCUUGUAUGUGCUUUUAGGAGAGAAAUAAAGGUCUUACAGAA